AUGGGAGAUACAGAAAAGCAAGAAGUGGAUGGAGGACAGUGUCGAGCUGAGAAUGUUUCCACAUUGAAAAGUCUCGCCUGGCUGGAUCGCUUCCUGGCGCUCUGGAUCCUCCUUGCGAUCAUCAUUGGCAUAUUGCUCGGCAACUUUGUCCCCAGCACUGGGCCGGCGCUACAGAAGGGCAAGUUUGUGGGUGUUUCGAUCCCAAUAGCUAUUGGACUGCUCGUCAUGAUGUAUCCGAUCCUUUGCAAAGUGCAGUACGAGACGCUGCACUAUGUCUUUCGCCAGAAGCAGUUAUGGAUCCAGAUUGGGUUCAGCAUCAUAGUCAAUUGGAUUGUUGCUCCACUUCUGAUGCUUGCUCUCGCAUGGGCUUUCCUCCCUGACGAGGAAGGUCUUCGUGAAGGUCUUAUCCUCGUGGGGCUUGCCCGCUGCAUCGCCAUGGUGUUGAUCUGGACCGGUAUCGCGGGCGGAGACAAUCAGUACUGCGCAAUCCUCGUCGCCAUCAACUCCAUCCUGCAAAUGGUGCUUUACGCGCCGCUGGCCAUCCUUUUCAUCAACAUCAUAAGUGGCUCAACCUCGACAAUAACAGUCUCCUACUCCACGGUUGCUGUGAGCGUAGCAGCGUUCCUCGGCAUCCCUCUCGGGGCGGCUAUCCUCACCAGAUUUUCCGUGCGUUACAUUGCUACCCCUGAAUGGUACGACAAGACGUUCCUCAGGUGGAUAGCGCCCUGGUCACUGAUCGGCCUCCUCUACACCAUUGUCGUGCUCUUCGCCAGCCAGGGACAUCGGGUCGUGCACCAGAUCGUGGCCGUAUUAAGGGUCGCCGCACCGCUCAUUGUGUACUUCGUGGCAAUUUUCGGCGCCACACUAUGGAUAUGUCACAAACUGGGCUUCAGCUACAAGCUUUCUGCCACUCAAAGCUUUACUGCAGCAAGCAACAACUUCGAGCUGGCGAUUGCCGUAGCCGUGGCGACGUACGGACCCGACAGCGACCAGGCUCUGGCCUCCACAGUUGGGCCAUUGAUCGAAGUUCCAGUCCUGUUGAGUUUGGUGUAUGCGGUACGUUGGUUUGCGAACCGACGAAAUUGGAAAUAG